AAUCAUUCCUACUAAGUACUCCGUCGCCAUUCGCCACCAUCGAGAGGGAGAUCAAAAUUCGAAGCGGGAAAAACACACACCCUAAACAAGCAAAAAAGGAGCAAUUGAAAGCGUGGAACCAUAAAAGGAUAUAAUCCAAAAUAAGCAAUGGCGCUUCACCGUUUCACAUCCAAACUGCGGAGCUAUUAUUACUGAUACACAAAAAAACGAAACUAUUGCGUUCCCUCUCUCACUUCUCUUUUCAUUCUCUUCUCUUCAUCUUUCAGCUCUCCAAACCCUAGAAACUUCCAAUCGAAGCGAUUCAUCUCGAUUUUUUGUUUAAGUGCUGUUUUAUUCUUUGGUUACUAUUUUUUUUAUCUGUUGUUCGCCAUUUUCUUUCUCAUUUUUUUGUUUCAUUCAUUGUUGUUUUUAAAGCAUAUGAAGAGGUCUCAGAGUAAAAUCGCCUUGAAGAAUGGCAGCAAAGGGGAUGAGGUUGACGAGAAUGUGAGAGAAUCGAAGCAUCCUCCAUUGAAGCGGAGAGCCAGUGCUCGCAUCCAAGCGAUUAUGCAGAAAGCAGCUGACGAGCUUGAGGUCGUAGAAGACAAGAAUGAAGGUAGCGAGAUGGCCAAAGAGAACAAGCUCCAUAGAAAAAGUCGUAGUGAAGAGAGUGUUGGUGAGGCAGAGGUAGUAGAGGUAGACGUUCGUGAGGUCGAGGUUGUGGAAGGAAGUGUGUAUAUGGAGAAUGAAGUUGGUGUUUCAGCUGAGAGGAGUGAACCUCUCAGUGUUGACGAGACAAUUAGGCUGUUUAAUGAGCAUUACCUUUCUCAUCUUCAGAAAAAGAAGAAAAAGCCGGAAGUGUGCGCCAAGCUUGAGGUUGAGGAUGUGGGAGGAAAGGAGGAUACUGAAAAUGCAGUUGGGGUUUUGGCUAAAAAGAGUGACUCUGUUAAGGUGAAGGAAACGAUUAGGUUGUUUAACAAGCACUAUCUUCAUUUUAUUCAGGAAGAAGAGACGAGAUGUGGGAAGAUACAAGCUGAAAGGAAAGAAGCUAAAAAGGUUUCAAAAUCUAAGAAAGGCGCUCCACCUGAAGAUUUAAAGUCCAAAGUCAAGAGGCCUGAUUUGAAGGCCAUGUCAAAGAUGAUGAAUAAUAAUGAGAUACUGUACCCUGUGAAAAGAGUUGGCAACAUUCCAGGUGUUGAAGUUGGGCAUCAAUUCUAUUCUCGUUGUGAAAUGGUAGCAGUUGGCAUGCAUAGUUAUUGGUUAAGGGGGAUUGAUUCUAUGUCCCUGCACAAUAAAAAAAAGCACAACAGCUAUAAAUUCCCUGUUGCUGUGUGCAUUGUUUUGUCUGGCAUGUAUGAGGAUGAUGUGGAUAACGCUGAGGAUAUUGUGUACACUGGUCAAGGUGGGCAUAAUCUGACCGGUGAUAAGCGUCAAAUUGCGGAUCAAAAAUUAAAGUUGGGUAAUCUAGCACUCAAGAACUGCGUUGAACAAUUAGUUCCUAUUAGGGUGGUUCGUGGUCAUAAAUCUUCGAGCAGUUACUCUGGUAAAGUCUACACUUAUGAUGGUUUGUACAAGGUUGUCAACUAUUGGCUAGAAAAGGGAAUAUCUGGAUUUAUAGUAUAUAAAUUUCGACUUAGGAGACUUGAAGGGCAGUCUACAUUAACCACUAAUCAGGUUAAUUAUAUUUGUUCUAGUUUCAUCUAG